UUUAUUAGAGAAGAUAUGAAGCAACAACAAACUAACAAACACAGUAACCUUCAUAGGGAAGACCAACACAUCACUGUGGAAGAGCUGUGGAAGGGCUGGAAAACCUCAGAAGUUCAUAACUGGACGACGGAGGACACAGUCCAGUGGCUGAAGGAAUCUGUGGAGCUGCCUCAGUACAAGGACAGGCUUCAGAGAGUUCGGAUCAAUGGAAACACUCUGCCUCGACUGGCGGCGAACGAACCGUGGUUUAUGUCGGGUCAGCUGAAGAUAUUAGACCAGAGGCACAAACAGAAGCUCAAUCUCAAAGCACUAGAUGCUGUGCUCUUCGGCCCUCCCUCACGUCCGCAACACAACUGGUUGAAGGACUUUGUGUUGAUGGUAUCUAUAGUGAUCGGGGUGGGGGGCUGCUGGUUCGCUUAUAUCCAGAACAAGUCUUCCCGGGUCCACAUGGGUCAGAUGAUGAAGGACUUGGAGAGCCUGCAGAGUGCUGAGCAGAGCCUCAUGGACCUACAGGGACGGUUGGAGAAGGCCCAGGAGGAGAACCGCACAGUGGCGGUGGAGAAGCAGAACCUGGAGCAGAAGAUGAGAGACGAGAUCAGUGGGGCCAAGAAGGAGUCGUACCGUCUCCGCGAACUCCGCCAGGGGGCCGAGUGUGAGCUCAGCCGCCUCAAAUACGCAGAGGAGGAGCUGGUGCAGGUAGGAACCAUUGAGA